GCCCAUCCCCUCUGAACUGGAAAUACUCACUUCUGUUCCCUUCUUCAAAAACUGCCCAGCGGCAGACGAGCGCGGGGAGGCAGGGCUCCCCGCACUUCUUACUCUCGAAAACCACAGAUUGCACCGCAACAGCUCUCUGUCAGCGAGAGGCGGCUCUUGUGCCACUACAGCUUUAGGAAGGCCAUCAGUGGAAUUGGUCAGGUUGAAAUUCCAGACCCUCUGUGUGGAGAAAAGGGAACCCUCCUACACUGUCAGCGGGAAUGUAAAGUGUUGAUCGAAGGGAACCAGUGCAUUCCUGCCAUGGUUUCCAGUCAUCUGAGCCCAUGGACAAAACCAGCAACUAUUGGAUCCUUCAGCCCACAUGUGACAGAGUUUCCAAGAAAACGAAAAGGGAGUGAUUCAGACCCAUCCCAAAUGGAAGAUGAUGAACAACAAGUAAAAAUGAAGUCCUUCAGAGAAGCUCACAGCCAAACCGAAAAGCGGAGGAGAGAUAAAAUGAACCACCUGAUUGAAAAACUGUCCGCGAUGAUCCCUCAGUGCAAUCCCAUGGCACGGAAACUGGACAAACUGACAGUUUUAAGAAUGGCUGUUGAACACUUGAGAUCUUUAAAAGGUAUGACACGUUCUUAUGCAGGAAGUAAUUACAGACCUUCAUUCAUUCAGGAUAAUGAGCUCAGACACUUAAUUCUUAAGACUGCAGAAGGCUUCCUAUUUGUGGUUGGAUGUGAAAGAGGAAAAAUUCUCUUCAUUUCUAAAUCAGUCUCCAAAAUACUUAAUUAUGAUCAGGCUAGUUUGACUGGACAAAGCUUAUUUGACUUCUUACAUCCAAAAGAUGUUGCCGAAGUAAAGGAACAACUUUCUUACUCUGAUGUUUCACCAAGAGAGAAGCUGAUAGAUGCCGAAACUGGUUUGCAAGCUCACAGUAAUUUCCACACCGGAAGGAGUUGUGUGUAUUCUGGCUCAAGACGAUCCUUCUUCUGUCGAAUCAAGAGUUGUAAAAUCUCUGUUAAAGAAGAGCACGAAUGCUUACUCAACUCAAAGAAGAAAGUAUGCGGGCCUCUCACUGUUGUGGCCUCUCCCGUUGCGGAGCACAGGCUCCGGAUGCGCAGGCUCAGCGGCCAUGGCUCACAGGCCCAGCCACUUCACGAUCAUAGAAAAUUCUGUACUAUCCACUGCACUGGUUACUUGAGAAACUGGCCUCCAAAUAUUGUUGGAAUGGAAGAAGAAACGGACAAUAAGAAAGACAGUAGUAAUUUUACCUGCCUUGUUGCCAUUGGAAGAUUACAUCCAUAUAUUGUCCCACUGAACAGUGGAGAGAUUAAAGUGAAACCAACUGAAUUUAUUACCCGUUUUGCAGUGAAUGGACAAUUUGUCUAUGUUGAUCAAAGGGCAACAGCAAUUUUAGGAUAUCUGCCUCAGGAACUUUUGGGAACUUCUUGUUAUGAAUAUUUUCAUCAAGAUGACCAUAGUAAUUUGAAUGACAAGCACAAAGCAGUUCUACAGAGUAAAGAGAAAAUAUUUACAGAUUCCUACAAAUUCAGAGCAAAAGAUGGCUCUUUCGUAACUUUAAGAAGCCAGUGGUUUAGUUUCACAAAUCCUUGGACCAAAGAACUGGAAUAUAUUGUGUCUGUCAACACUUUAGUUUUGGGACAUAGUGAUACUGGAGAAACAUCAUUGCUUCCUUGCAACUCUCAAUCAUCAGAAGGAUCCUCUAGACAGUCUUGCAUUAGUGGGUCUGGAAUGUCUACGGGAACAGUACUUGGUGCUGGUAGUAUUGGAACAGAUAUUGCAAGUGAACUUCUGGACUUACAAAGGUUACAGUCUUCUUCAUCCCUUGAUGAUCCAAGUCCAACAGAUUUAUUGAAAGAUACUCACACUAUAAACUGCAGGAAUAUGUCAAGUAAGGAGCUGACUACACUAAGUCCUUCUGAAACAGGGGAGCUACAGGCUACAAAGCAAAACCAAAGUGCUGUUGCUCCCCAUAGGCAUGAACCACUCCUUGGAGAAGGAGCCCAGCUGGAUUUUGAUGCCCUCUGUGACAAUGACGACGCAGCCAUGGCUGCCUUCAUGAAUGACUUAGAAGCGGAGGGGGGGCUGGGAGACCCUGGGGACUUCAGUGACAUCCACUGGGCACUCUAGCAUUUGAUUUUUAACUCAACAUGAGAAACGUUUUGAAGCAUUUUGCUUACAAAAAAACUAUAUAUUCUUCUGUACUGUACUGAUACUGUUUUUAUCUUUUAUUCCUAUUAAUGGUUGACCAGUUUUUAUAGAUUUGCUCCUGACUUUCACAGGGGUACAGGGAAAUGUGAUGUUUCCCUUCAAAUUCUCAAAAUUUUCUAUAGACCGCUUUACUCACUGACAUAGCUUAAAACCCACUCGUUGCUAUAUUUUUGCUAAAGUCUUUCUAACCAAGAAUACCACAUGUAUCUUGUUUGGGUUUUGUUUUUAUUUUUUGAUGCAGUUGUUUUGAGUUUGGGGAAUUUAAUGUGUUGACAUCUUCCUUGUGCCUGAGAUUCAUUUAUAAUUGAUUUAUAAUAGAAGAUUUGGGUAAUUUGGAACAUUUCCAUUCCUUGUGUAUUUCCUUAAUUGAGGAUAGGGCUUAUCCACUUUAAGAAAACGAUGAGUACUUGAACAUUUAAAGGGACAGUGCAAUUUGUAGUGGUAAUCACCGUGAAUACUGUGUUCAGUCUUUGUAGACUUGAGCAAGCACAGAGCCACGAUAGUUAUGCCCAGUUGAGCACUUUGAGAUGGAUUUUAAGUGAGAUGAUUUCUUAUUUAAAACUCAGAAAAGAAAAAGGAAAAAAGUGCUGAGAGAGUUUCAGCUUUGCUUACAGAAAAGGAAAGCUCUUGGGCCCUACAGCUUGGUGGUGGUUAACCUUUGCCUAUAAGAUUUAGUCUUAAUAUAACCACUCAAGAUUCUUAUUACAGAUAGAACAGGGUUUUGAUGCUGAAAAGGUUUUUUAGCAACCUUUAGGAUUAGUCUUAGAGGAAGAAACAGGCCCAGGCAGAGCCAACGCCUUGUGUAACGUCACAGUUAAGUUCAUAUGUCUUUUAAUGUUUAAUGUAUAUAAACCAGUUUCUUUAUACACAUUUGAGAAAGCAGUAGUCUCACUGGUUACAUGAUUAGUUAACUGACCUAGGAACAGUUGUUGGCUUUUUAAAUUAUUAGGCCAUUACAGUUACUAUUGCCUGUUACCAAAGGUAAUUAUAUAACUGUGUUUUUAAAACCAUGAGGCAACGAGAAAGAAUUUAAAAACCAAUUUUCUAGCUAUAAUUAAAAAUCCAGAGCAUUUUUUAAACCAGUAAUUAAUUCAGAGGUAGCUCAAAUUGAGGGCAAGAAUUAAGGAUAUUUAAAAUACUGUAGGUAGGGACUUCCCUGGCAGUCCAAUGGUUAGGACUCCACGCUUCCACUGCAGGGGACAUGGGUUUGAUCCCUGGUUGGGGAACUAAGAUCCUGCAAGCAGUGCAGCGUGGCCAAAAAAAAAAAAAAAAAAAAAAAACAAAAAAAAACAAAAAUAAAAUACUGUAUGUAUAGCUACCUUUUUGAAGAUCAUACUUCCAUAAUACCUAUGGUUUUAAUAGCUCUUUCUAGUUUACCACGUGUGUUCCCAUAUAUUCUGUUUUGUGCCCCACAAGGGAAAGUAAUGAUAGUCUGGGAAACUAAUGGGGAAACUCUGAGGCUCAGAUAUGGGGAUCAAAUCCAGUUUUCCUUUUCUAUGUCGUGCUGUGCAUCUCUAGCAGAUUUCCCUCAGAGCCCCACGAAAACAAAGCAUUCUUUUGACCUCGCGUAUUUCCGUAGGCUGUAAGUAAUAGAUUAGAACUUUCAGACAUGUUAAUGGCAAACAUAGCAACAGGCAACAACCAAAAUCAAAUGUUCCUUCACGUUUGACAUUUGCAGUGGCUGUGUGGGCAAGGAUGUAUUGGCCUAUUGUCUUGAGCCGAUGCAAUGUUCCAGUAAUGUCAGAGGGUCAGCACCAUUCCUGGUUCUGGCAUUUGAGGACUUGGGAGACAUCUAGGUUUAGAAUAAGCCAAAAAAACCCUCACAAGAUGGGGGAUAUAUUGGUUUGUAGUGGCCUAAGCAUGACAGUUAAGUCUGAAGAAGCGUGAAGGAUCACACCUGUUCUCUAAGCCAGAGAGGCCUGCCUACAAAUGUAACAUUUUAGGGAUCUGGACCAUUUCAGGUCGGGCUAGACCUCCAGAGUCAGCCUCAGCUAGUGGUAGCAGGAUAGGUCAUUGUGGCUGCAUGACCUCCAAAGCAGGUGGGGCAAAACUUCAUGAUGCAGGGAUCUGAGAGGCAGACUUUCUAGAGGCUGGCCAUUGCUGCUUGCACAGUAACAAUCCUCUCUCUUUGCAAGAGGAGAGGUUAUCCCAUAGACUUAUGGGUGGAAAGCCAAUUGAAGGCUUUGAUCCUUUAGUAGCCUACUCUGAUAUUUAUCUUUUGCCUUGGACCCAGGAUCCAAUCCAUGCAUUGUAUGAUACUGUAGCUCUAAGUUCAAUGCUUUCUUCAAAAUGCAUUCUAUUUAUAUUUGAUUGCUACUGGGAGUGACAUAGUUUUAUGCUUUAUACUAUAUUACUUUUUUCUCCUACCAAUUAACUUCUUACGUUUUGGUGAAAAAUACCUAUAGCUUUAAUGAAAACAUCCUAAAAAUAAUAAUACUCUUUUUUUUUUUUUUUUUUUUUUUGCGGUACGCGGACCUCUCACUGUUGUGGCCUCUCCCGUUGCGGAGCACAGGCUCCGGACGCACAGGCUCAGCGGCCAUGGCUCACGGGCCCAGCCGCUCCGUGGCAUGUGAGAUCUUCCCGGACUGGGGCACGAACCCGUGUCCCCUGCAUCGGCAGGUGGACUCUCAACCACUGCGCCACCAGGAAAGCCCUGUUUUUUUUUUAAAUUCUAAGAAUUACCUACAGUGAUGUAGUGGAGUGAGAAGCAUGCCUGGAAUCAGGAGAGCCCGCUCAACCUAAAUUUAUCUGUGUGACCUCAAGCAAGUAAUUUAAACUCUCUGUACCUCAGUUUCCCUAUUUGUAAAAAGAGGUUUGAUCUCUCCAUUUACUUCCAGUUCUAAUUCUGUGAUUCUGACCCGCAGGACUCGAGCAUUAGCCCGUUGCUAGACAUAUGCUAGCCACUGGCCACAUAUGGCUACUGAGUACUUGAAACAUGGCUAAUACAUAUUGAGAUGUGCUAUGAAUGUAAAGUGCAUACCAGAUUUCAAAGUCUUAGUAUGAAAAAAGGGAAUAUAAAAUAUCACAUUAACAGUUUUAUAUUGAUUACAGUUCAAAUAAUAUUUUGGAUAUAUCAAAUUAAACAUUAAAGUUAAUUUUAUUUUCUUACCGUCCUAAUGUGGCUACUAGAACGUUUUAAAUUACACAUGUGGCACACGUUAUAUUUCCAUUCUAUGGCCCUGCUCUAGAACAUUUUAUUAAGUGGAUAUUAUUUAAGCAGACCAAAGGUUAUAAGUAUGAUAUUUACCUCUAAAUGCUAUGGUUUAAAGGACAUUUAUUGAUCCUCGAUUCAAUGCAAAUAACUGUGAACCUCUAUCGAUGUAUCAAAUUUAAAACUUUUUUGAAAUGAGUAAACUUGAAAAUGUUAGACAUUUUAUUAGCCUGAAAUCAAACAAAACUUGAGGUAUAUGUUGACACCCUAUGGUAGUCACUAAAUUUGGAAAUCCACUGAUAAGCACAAAGACAAACAAGAAGAUACAGAAUAGACUUUUGGUAAAUAAAUGGAAUUAAAGGAAAGUAUCUAAUUACAGUGUCAUAAUGGGAAAAGGCUAUACUCAUUGGUCAUCAUAAUCUUUGACAAAUCUCCAUAGAGUCUAGGACACAGGUAUAUAAAAUAGCAACUCUCUAGGUAUCAGACCAUGUUUAGUGGGUCCAGUUUCAGAUCCUGCUGUAAAGAGGAAUCCACCACUCAGGUAGGUCAUUGUUGGGCUCUGGAAUUAGAGAUUCAGAUUUGCCAAGCAUAGUAUUGUGGUCACAGCAGCCCUGACGUAUACAAUGAUCAGAAGCCAUAAAGAAAACCUGCUGCGUGGCCACUAGGUGUCACUUGCCCAUUCCUAUAGGGCUCUGUUUUCAUUAGAUUAAUUUUUCCAAGUUCCAUGGGGCCUAGGACAGGCAUUUAUGACUUCUGUGCCUAGAAUAAGUCUGCCCCUGUUUCAUAAGAAAUGCUUUUUAAGAGAAGUCUGGGAAGAUCCCUUCCACGUAAAAUAAGAAUUUUGGUUUAGAGACCUCUCCAGAUGUGGCUCCAGUAAAAGCUGACUUUAGAAAGAAUACCCAUCCAACCUAGAAUAUGCUUUCUGAACUCAUUUGGGAGUGUUUAGUGUGUGUGUCACUGCUCUUAGUGUUGAGUUUAGGUUUGUCUUUUAUACAAUUUUUAAGCUCUUUUCCAUUUCACUUGCUCUUGUCUGUAUGUUGGUAUUUUUUUAAAUUUUGUGGUAAAUAAU